GAUACAUUUCCUGUUAUUGUAUGUACCAACAGAAGAGGCAUUGAGGUAGUACUUUUUGGAGUUUGUUGUUACAAAAUGAAUACUUUUGUGUUCAUAACUUUACUGUCGCGGUCCUUGAUGGCGGAUGCUAUACUAAGGGCUAUGCUUUAAAAUAGGGUGAGAUGGGGAAUGAGUUAUUCAACUCCAUAGACCACAGGCGAUGUCUGUUUACUUAUGGAGUGUAUUAAUAUCUCGGUCCUGAAUUACAAACAAACAAAGUAUGGGACCUGACCUUGCUUGAAAGCAAAGCGUCCCGUGGCAAUGGAUACCAAAGAAUCAAGAGUUUACACAGCCUCCGAAUAAAGGAUUAGAAAUGAAUUGGGGGGGUUAUUCUUCAUAAAGGGCAGAUGAAAUAUGGAAUAUUGUAGGGUUUAUCCUCAUAUAUAUGUACCUACACUAGUAUAAAGUCUUUCACUGAUACCAAUUUUCCAAACAAAGCAUUUUUAGUUGUAUAGUUAUUGUCAGAAACUGCUGUUCUAGAAUGAUUGGAUGAGUUGGGAAUGCUGCAGGUUUUCCACCGCUAAAGGGUUUGUUUGCUGGAGUUCACAUUUUGGCCACAGUAAAAGCAAUGGUGACCUUUCCGGGGUAUAAUAGCUCCUAUGAAAGUCAAGGCUUAAAUAGUUGCAUGGAGGUUGUCUCAGAUUUCAGCAAAUACAGGUAUCUGUGUACCGUACGUGUGUGUUUGAGCGUGCCGUGUGUUGUGUGACCCUAACAGAGAGAAUCACCCUUAUUAUGGCCUCACGUAUUUGAUGUCGCUGGAAACAAUUAACACCUUGUUUCAGGGACGUUUAGAUAUGGGCCAAGCUAAACCAAAUGUUUAUAGUCAACUGUUUACCUUGCUCCGUUCCAACAAUGAGGGUUCAGAUAUCAGAGGCGUUCAUUCAAUUCGAUCAGGGCAUUUAUUCAAACAGAUUAAAUAUAUAACACAUUUAAUUAUAGGAAUACAAUUAACCUUAUUGUAUUCCUCUCUAUGGUGCAACCUUAACAGUGAAGUAUGGAUUGCUUUAAAUGUCCAUUGCUUUUGAUGACGGAUUAAUGUGGCCUUCAUUGCUUAAGUUACUAUCGCCAAAUCGAUGAGAGAAGAGUAUAUUUUAUAGCAUUCCUCAUUUAGAAUUCUUUGAAUAACCUACUGCUGAAAAAGAAAAUAAAUAGGGGUCAGUCAGUCAUUUACAGUGUUCAGUUUCCUGUUUCAUUGGGUCAAUAUUCGCUUUGAGUUUGAGGCCAAAGCUGAAUACUAUUGACGCAAAAUAAUAGGAAAUGGUUAAGAGAGUCCCAUAUCCAGCUAAAUGUAUUUCUUUAUAUUUUAAAAAAACACUUAUUGUAAAGGAAGCAAAAUAUAUGUAUUGCAUCUAUUGUAUUGUAAAAUGUAAUCUAUAUAUCAGGUAUUGAUGUCCGAUACAAGGCAAAAUAAGAUUGUGCUUCAACGAAUAGAAGGUAAAAUAAGACCAUGCAGUCUUCAACCAAUACAAGGUGAAAUAAGACCACCCUCAACCCAUAGAAGGUAAAAUAAGACCAGGGUUUAACGAAUACAAGGUAACAUAAGACCAUGAAGCUUCAACCAAUAGAAGGUAAAAUAAGACCACCCUCAACCUAACAAAAAUAGGUGGUGGGAGAGUUCACCAGUGAGGGUUUGUGAGUCAUCUACUACUUAUCUCACAUGAAUAUGACCUGGUUGAAGGCCAACAGCAACGUCCUGAAAUAGCCCGGCCCACACAAAACAACACACUACACCUAAAAGAGGUGGCUGGCUAACGAGCGCAACGCGGAGGCUGAAACCAGAACUGAGUGUUACAUCAGGUGUCACAUCACAGGUGACAGGGCUUAUCACGUUAUCUCCCAGAGCGGCCUCCUCUCCGGUCUCCGUGCCGUCCAGAGGAACACAUGACCUUUGUACUGUAGGCAAUGCUUUUGUCCCGCUCCGGGAAACCCAAGGUAGCUCUGUCCUGAGGUAUGUAUGCUUGGGGACAGGUUUGAUAUCAGUGGUGCCCCUGCAUACUCUUUAUUUGACCCUGUGAAACUGUAUUAUGAAUUUGAUUACCGGUAACAUAAUAUAUUUUUUAUGAUUCUUAUUCUCCCUAUUAUUGUCUUUAGAGUUAUGAGGGUUUCUUAACGCUCAGUUUGAUAUAGAAUGAUGUUUAAAGUCGUUCCCAUGAUUUCCUGUAACUUAAUACCAGUGGGUAAAAAUAUUUGUGGAGGCACGAAGGAGAGGAAACAUUAGAAGCAUAGCUGCAGUGGUAGGAAGUUGGGUUUUGAGUGAGUGGUCUGCAACAGACAGGUCAGCAGAGCGGCAGGCUGAGAUGCAGAGUAGAGGACUGCCGGCUUGUUUGUGAGUGCGGCUGUUGAGAACGGCAGAGAGAGAGAGAUUAUACCGGACUGGCAAGAAUCCAGCGGAACAGUUGCAACAAGGCUCGGGCUGGCCUUUAUCGAGUCUGGAGCCGGGGCAGAGCGGCAAGAGAGCCAGUGGAACCGCUGUUGUACAGCAGAAGGAUCUCUGGAACUACCUCAGGAAAAAGCCUCCAUGUAGGUUAUUUUCUUCCCUAAACUCAACCUGAUCCGACAGAGAGACCCUCAGCCUGAACAGGAUUGUAUCUGGUCGGAUUGUACUCCUUGGAAUGACCGUACUCCCAGAGCAGAAGUCAGAAGACGUUCUUUGCUGCUCUUUUGUUUUUCACUAGCAUGUUUACCAUGCCAAGCUUGCCGCUGUCGCAGGCAUUCGAGAGUUAAACUGAUGGCAGCCCGGCUCCGCAUGCAAUUUGGGUCCCGGAGAAGCCACACAGACCCUCUGUCAGAGACCCUGCUGGGCGGCCAUGGGGCGGAGAGGGAGGCUGGCGUGGCGGCGUGCAGCCGGGCGGAGAACCUAGCACACAGCUCGGUCCGCAUGAAGGUUACCCCUGUGUUGUCGGAUUACAGGAACCCCCAGCGCUACUCCUCCGUCUUCAUCCCCAAGUGCAAAAGCGGAGGAUGUAACAAGAAGAGCACCCUGCAGAUCUCGCUGCACCCGUCUGGGCGGCCCGCCGGUGAACCCGAGAGCAACGGAGAGGACGUGGAGCCGGCCGGCGGGGAGGUGGGAGCAGGCAGCGGCUCUGACGGAGGCUCGUGUAGCAGCAGCAUGGCCAGCGACGCCGGCUACUGCAGCAGCACCAACAUCUUUGAACCCGAGGCCUCGGAGCACCUCAGGGCCGGCCGGGAGAAAGGCGUCCUCUGCCGGAAGCACAAGGUGCCGCUGCGGCGCUGCUCCUCGCUGGUCCUCUUCUCCAGGAGCCCCUGCAGCACGCCACCCGCCUCGCCCGUGACGCUCCAGGCCGCCCCCGCCCUCCUCGCCACACCGGGCUCCCUCGCUCCCCAGUGCGGGCUGAGAAAUGCGAGCGAGACCUUGCAGGAGAACCAAGAGGCGGGCUCCAAGAUGUCCAGCUGCACCUCGCUCCGGCUCUCCAAGGCCGGCUGUUCGAGCUCCGAGUUCAGGGACGCCAAGCGCACGGUGCAGCUGAACCUUCCCUCAGCGGACGAACCGCAGUGUGGACGGGAGGAUGUGAGCGAAGCGCUGAAUCACCCGUCUAUAUUAGACCUGCCAAACCGUCACUCCAGCAGUGUGCUGCUGCACUUCGCCCACCAGAGACCAGCGAUGCCUGGGAAGGGAGCCAUGAGCAGGCCGAGGGUCAACGUGGAAUACCCCCCUGGGCUGUACCCCGCCGCUCAGCCCGGCUGUGAACCCAGCCAGCGCAAACUCUACCGAAGUACCUCGACCUGCUUGCCCCCUUCGGCUAAGUUGUCAGAGAGGAAUCCCAAAGUGGCUGCCAGGGAGAGGGAGCAGGAGCCAGCAGAGGGGAACCAGUGGCAGCGCACCAUUCAGAGGAGCUUUUCCCUGGAAGUACCCUACACGGGAAAGCCGACAGCACAACAUGUGCAUAUUCAUUUAUCUCCGUGCCCUGGGGCUAGGGUAACCACUGCUGUAACUGAGCUGAAGCCUGCUCACAAAAUGGAUCAUAUUGUUACCAGCCGGGAUCACAACAUGAAGACGCGCGAUGACUUCCUGGGCCAGGUGGAUAUCCCUCUACAGCAGAUACCGGUUGAGAAUCCCAAUGAGGAGCGGCCGUACACCUCCAAGGACUUUCUGCUUCAUCCGAGAAGCCACAAGUCCAGGGUCAAAGGUCACCUGCGGUUGAAAAUGACCUACUUACCCCGGACGCCUGGCUCAGAGGAGGAGCAUGCAGACCAACCUGAGAACAUGGACCCUGGCUGGGAGUUCCUGGAGGGCCAGGACAUGUCGGGGGCCGGCCAUCAGCACCUGGUGCCCGCCAUGCCCCCCGGCUGGGAGGAGCGGCAGGACAACCUGGGGAGGACCUACUACGUCAACCACGAGAGCCGGACCACCCAGUGGCACCGGCCCACCGCAGGGGACAGCGAGGGGGACACCCAGCGAAGACAGGACAUCAACAUGGAGGCCCAGCACGCCUUCACGGCGCGGAGACAGAUCUCCGACCACGAGGAGAACGACCGGCGGGACUCUCCUGACAGCUGGGAGAACACGCUGCUCGAGGAGUCCUCGCCGUCCUCGCUGUCCCAAAGCACGGGCCACUACUCCCGCCCCGGCGCCGACCUGCGGCCCGCCUGCGAGGAGCUGACCCAGCUGCAGAUCACCGGUGUGCCCGCGGUCGAGCGCCGCACCUCCCAGACGGAUCACGCCGCCGCGCACUCCAGCCAUUCCAGCCGCAGAGCCAGCGCCCCGGCACUGUCCAGCGACGAGUCCCCGGCCAACCCCGCACAGCUGCCUGGGUUCCCUGAGCUGCCAUCAGGUUGGGAGGAGAAGCUGGACAGCCGAGGCCGACGCUACUACGUCAACCACAAGAGCCGCGUCACCACCUGGACACGCCCGCUGGUGCAGGUGACAUCGGAGGCAGCAGCGCAGAAUGCCUUGCCCCUGAGCCCCUCGGCAGGGCAGCCCGGGGCCCCAGAGGGCUCGCCCCUCAACUCCCCCGGGCCGGAGAGAGCCUAUGAAUGUGGCUUCAUGCCCGCUGGCUGGGAGGUCCGCAGCGCCCCCAGCGGAAGACCCUUCUUCAUCAACCACAACACAAAGACCACCACCUGGGAGGACCCCAGGCUGAAGAUUCCAGUGCAGAUGAGGAGGAGAGUUUCACUGGACCCAACAGACCUCGGCCCCUUACCGCCUGGCUGGGAGGAGAGAGUCCACAGCGACGGGAGAAUCUUCUACAUUGAUCACAACACAAGGACCACACAAUGGGAGGAUCCCCGAUUACAGAGCUCUGCCAUAACUGGACCCGCAGUACCGUAUUCCAGGGAUUACAAGCAGAAGUAUGACUACUUCCGCAAGAAGCUGAAGAAACCGGCGGACAUCCCAAACCGUUUCGAGAUGAAGCUGCGGCGCAGCGCGGUGCUGGAGGACUCGUACCGGCGCAUCCUGUCCGUGAAGCGCGCCGACUUCCUGAAGGCGCGGCUGUGGGUGGAGUUCGAGGGAGAGAAGGGGCUGGACUACGGGGGAGUGGCCAGGGAGUGGUUCUUCCUCAUCUCCAAGGAGAUGUUCAACCCUUAUUAUGGGCUGUUUGAGUAUUCCGCCACGGAUAACUACACCCUGCAGGUGAACCCCAACUCAGGCCUCUGCAACGAGGACCACCUCUCCUACUUCAAGUUCAUCGGGCGCGUUGCCGGCAUGGCGGUCUACCACGGCAAGCUGCUCGACGCCUUCUUCAUCCGGCCGUUCUACAAGAUGAUGCUGCAGAAGCCCAUCACACUCCACGACAUGGAGUCUGUGGACAGCGAGUACUUCAACUCUCUGAAAUGGAUCCUGGAGAACGACCCCGCCGACCUGGACCUGAGGUUCACCAUCGACGAGGAGCUGUUCGGACAGACUCACCAGCACGAGCUGAAGCCCGGGGGGGGGGACGUGGUGGUAACCAACGACAACAAGAAGGAGUACAUCCACCUGGUGAUGCAGUGGCGCUUCGUGAACCGGAUCCAGAUGCAAAUGACUGCCUUCAAAGACGGCUUCUACGAGCUGAUCCCUCAGGACCUGGUGAAGAUCUUCGAUGAGAACGAGCUGGAGCUGCUGAUGUGCGGGCUCGGAGACGUGGACGUCAACGACUGGAGGGCGAACACCAAGUACAAGACGGGCUACUGCCCCACUCAGCCCCUCAUCCAGUGGUUCUGGAAGACGGUGUUGUUGAUGGAUGCAGAGAAGCGGAUCCGGCUGCUGCAGUUCGUGACAGGGACGUCCAGGGUGCCCAUGAACGGCUUCGCUGAGCUCUACGGAUCCAACGGGCCGCAGCUCUUCACCAUCGAGCAGUGGGGAACCCGAGACAAACUCCCCCGAGCGCACACCUGCUUCAACCGCCUUGACCUUCCUCCCUACGAGUCGUUUGAGGAGCUGAGAGAGAAGCUGCACAUCGCCAUCGAGAACGCCCAGGGCUUCGACGGCGUGGACUAGACCGGCGCGGACUAGACCGGCGCGGACCGGCGUGGACUAGGAGGAGGUUGAGGACUAGGAGGAGGUCCCGCGGUCUGUGGCGUCACGCUGAGAUUUUGGUUUUAACGUCGGAUAAACGUCGGAUUGUCGUCGGAUACGAUGUUCCGAGCGCUGGAGCGGCGAUAGAGACGCUGGGGGCGGAGCAUAUUGGCCUUAACGUCCAGGGUGGAGGAGGAGCACCGCCUUCCUCCAGGGGGGAGGAGCACCGCUGCCCCCCCCCCCGCUCCCCUCGCGGGACGCUCAGCGACGGGACAUCAACCACUACUCUUUCAUAAGUUUACAAUCGUUUUCUAUUCUCUGUAAAGAAAUGGAUGCUUGGAAAACAUAGCUCUUUUUUGUGCUGCGCGUUUUGCUGAAAGACGUUUAAAAUAGAUAUAUAAAUAGAUACGAGCAUAGACUUUUAUUUGUGUAAAUAUCAGACGUUUGGCGGAAGGUUUCAAACUAAAUGUUAUUUUUCUAUCCAGGCUGAGUCUCUGAGCUAUGAGCCUUCAUUGAGCUGUGGUCGAGUUGUGAGUAUUUGGUCUUCUUCGUUCUGGAAAAACAACCGUUAGAUUGGAAUACUUUCACUACACACGCUCUGGAACACUAAGAACCAGGUGGGUGUUGUAUGAUAUCCCCGUCGUAAGUGGGAUAACCACUUCUCUCAGAUUGUAUUCGCUGCACUAAAAAGCUUUUAUGUCUCAACGCACGUUCUCUGCUCUAUUUAGGUUUCUUUCAUGUUAAUUUACGUUUACAAAACAUUCCAGUUGACUCUAAUCAAAGACAAGUAAUCACCCAAAAUAACAUCAAAGUGCGUUUUGCAGAAAAUAGCUUCUUUCACUUUCAUUCUCAGUUGUGUUUAUUAAGACCGCAAAUCCCAAACGCUCUUUAUCUGCAUGGUUCAAAGAUGCCAAAAACUAAAAACAGGGUUUCCAUUUUCACUUACUAAACAUUUCAAUGACACGGUGAGGCAUUGAUGUCUGGAGUUCCACAUCCAUCUCUACGUACUUCUGUGUAUGUAUGUACAGCCCACAGUAUUUGGUAAAUCCAUCCAUCAAAUCAUAAGUAAACAAAAAAGAUGUAUAGAGUCCACAGUCUAUAAGUGACGAUAUAUUCACCACUAGGUAAUCUAAGAAGGACAAUGCAAACGGUUUACUCUGACAUGCCGUUAUAUAUAAUAUAUAUCAUAUUAUAAUAUUCAGUUUGGACAAGUGGCUGAUGUGAUGACUGAGAGGUUACCCCUCUGCUAAUCGGUCUUUGCUGCUGGAGUUCCUGGCGUAAUCACCUUCAUACGACAUUCAGUUAUGGGCAGGUGUGUUUGUUUAAGGUCUAUUUGGUUGUUGUUGUUUACACCACUUACUCUGUUUACAGGUUGUUAAUGAAGGACAAUAUUAUGGGCUCUGUCUCGUCUGUGAUAAUGCGUUUUAUACCCGUGCUUUUAUGAAGUGAAGCACUCUUUAUAAAUAGUUAAGUCUUAUCUUCCGAACCUUUGCCAAUGUAACCACUUUAGCCAGCUUGUGAAAGUUAAACGAAAAAAUUGCAUAUUUGUUGAAACGUUUACAUGUUACAAACGUUUCUGCACAUGAACAAACUUUAUUUUCCCUGAAUUUUAAAAGUGAAUGAGGCCUUUAUUUGUUUUAUUGUGGAUGUACUGCUCAAACAUGUUAAGUGUCUUUACCCUCAUUACUGCUUAAGAUCGGAUUCGACAAUUGAGGAUUGAUGGCAAAACGCUAAUGGAUCAACAUGUUAUUUGUGAUUUAGCUACUUCUGCUUUUUCAAUGUAAGCCAAUAUGCAUUCUUCAAAUAAAUAAAAGAAUGGAACCUAGAA